AUGCCGGAGGACGCUGAAAACUGGGUCAAGGCCUGCCAACAUUGCGCAGUCAAUGGUAGACCAGGAAAACCCACUCCAAUGGAGCGUACGGUAGUUCCGAAAACUGCCUGGGAGACCAUCGCUGUGGAUUUCAACGGGCCUUAUGCUAAGUUCGGAGGAAUUCACAUCCUCGUUAUCGUCGAUUAUCGUUCUCGAUACAUCAUUGCCCGUCCUAUCAAAUCAACCAGCUUCGAGCUAACGAAGCGAGUGCUAGACGAAUUCAUCGAUACGGAAGGUUUUCCGGAAAGCCAGCUGCAACGACGUGGUCAGGAAAAAGCAGACUCACUGCCGUGA